AUGGCUCUUUUGCACGACAAACGUAUACGCGUUAUGUAUACUAUAUUGCAUUGCGAAGUAUUUUGGAAAUGUUUGGAAGCAUUACUGCCACUCUCCGACCUCGAAUUCGGGCAUGGUGUAAUGCUUUUACUGGAGAAUCCAAAAUCAGGUUCUUUUAUGUAUCCCUACUCGUCUGCUGCGCCCUCAAAUCCCCCUGUGGUGGUCACACCCGAUUCCGAUUCCACGAGUGCCAUGCUCUUGCCAGGACAGCCGCAGUCGCCUACUGCGAUGCUCUAUUCUCCACCAGCUUAUGCCUCUGGGCCUUCCCAACAAAAACAAGCCUAUCUCAACAAUAGCGGUGGCAAUGGCGCCACUGGCCCUGCGGCCAACAGCGGUGUCAAUCCCAGCACUACUAAUAAUGGUGCUAUGUUGGAUAUAAUGUCUCACUCCUUGAUGCAGUCCCCGAGCACUCAACAGGCCAAUAGCAACACCGGAAGCUUCUAUUGUUGGCCCCCUCCUCCCGGUACGGGUGCACCUGCCUCCAAUGUGGCCACUGCACGACUGCCCCACCUAACCCAGAGAAGAGGAGGUGGUGGUGGUGCAGCCUACAGGAUCUCCUCCCAGAACCCCCCUUCCGACUUCUCUCACGCCCAGUACUAUUUCCGACAGCAGCAGCAGCAACUGGCUCCGCAUAAGGCGGCUAGUGAGACCGGUGGCUACGGCUGUGUUCCCAGUAAGCUCAUGGGAAGUGGAACUUCCGCUACCACCACCAGUGGCAGUAGCAGCAGCAAUAAUUGGAAGGAACGACCACAUGUGGGGAAGUAUAGCCUGAUCCGCACCAUAGGCAAAGGCAACUUUGCCAAGGUCAAGCUAGCCCAGCAUGUGACAACGGGCAUGGAGGUAGACCAGUGUCUAACAGCUUUCCCAGGUCGCCGUCAAAGUUAUAGACAAGACACAGCUGAAUCCGACGAGCCUAAGAAAGUUUGCGACGGUAUUGUAAAUGUUCGCGGACGACGCCUGAACCCGCCCGCUCGCGUGCGUGCGUACGUGUGCGCGUGGUUACCCCACUGGCGGCGGAUGAUGAACAACCUUCGUGCGAUCCCUGCUGCCGACUCGAUGAAAUGCGCAUCCCCUGUUGCUCUUGUGUGGUUCGGCGCGUGCGUGGCAAAAAUUAUUUGCGUAAGGAGACUUGGAGGAGUGCUCCCCAUGCGCCGCAAUGCCAGUGGCUACUUAGGCGCAUUCUCUUCUCUCUUUCAGCUCUUCCGGGAAGUACGGAUAAUGAAGACCUUGGACCAUCCCAAUAUUAUCAAACUUCUAGAGGUCAUCGAGUCGGAGAAGCACCUGUACCUUGUCAUGGAGUAUGCUAGCAACGGCGAGGUGUUCGACUAUCUCGUUACCCACGGAAAAAUGAAGGAGAAGGAUGCACGGAUAAAGUUUCGUCAGAUUGUCUCUGCUGUACAAUACUGCCAUGCUAAAAACAUUGUACAUCGUGAUCUCAAGGCGGAGAAUCUGUUGUUGGACGAGUCGAUGAACCUGAAGAUAGCGGACUUCGGGUUUUCCAACAACUACUCAGCUGGUCGAAAAUUGGACACCUUCUGCGGGUCACCGCCAUACGCGGCGCCGGAGCUCUUCCUUGGCCGGAAGUACGACGGCCCAGAAGUGGACGUUUGGUCUCUCGGGGUCAUCCUCUACACCCUCGUCUCUGGCUCACUCCCUUUUGACGGCAAAAAUCUCAAGGAACUGCGGGAAUGUGUGCUCCGAGGCUCCUAUCGUGUGCCCUUCUACAUGUCUCACGAGUGCGAGAUGCUACUCAGGAAGAUGCUCGUUCUUAAUCCGACCAAACGCGCUUCUCUGCUAGAUAUUAUGAAGGACAAGUGGUUGAACACAACUUUCGAGGACAACAUCUUGCAGCCCUUCAAGGAGGACCUCCCCAAUUACAACGAUCCGGAGAGAAUUCAAGAUAACUACUUUUGCUUCUUUGAAUUAAUAGAAUGGAUGGUGCAGAUGGGUUUCUCGCGGAGUGACAUUCACGACUCUCUGAUGAAGCAGCGGUUCAACAACAUCACUGCUACGUACAUUUUGUUGGGUCAGCGAAAAAGAAAGUCGCUACCUUGGCCUCCCACCCUGUCUGGCGUCAUGCAGCCUCGAAGCCUCCCAUCGGAUAUGCCCAUGAGCGAUGGGAGUGCUUCGUCAUCAACAGCGGCAGGAAGCGGUCGACAACCAUCUUCACAGGCUCGUCAACUAACCUCCACCACAACUUCCACCGCCGCCGCCUCCUUCCGUCGUCCUUUCCACAAUCCCAGCUCACUGGCCGACGCCACCAAUCGCAAGCACUCCAACGCUGAUAUUGACAGCAACUACGCCUCUGAUGGGUAUAGAAAAACUACUAUUUCCGGUGCAUCCACCACAGGAGGAGGAGGAGGUCAGAGCAAGGUGACACCAACCUUGACGGCAGCCAAUGCGGAAGGUGACGCUAGCAUUGUAAAUGCGCCUCUGGCGAUAACGGAUAAUGACGAUGUGAAUAAUGUCUCCAUCCCGACUAACACGAUAGUGACUACCACCGCGGGCACCAUCGUCUCUACUACAGGAACCUUGAAGCGGCAACAAACGCGGCCAGACUCCCAACAACCAACAACUAACCUCACCACCUCUCCUGCUCCCUCACCACCCCCUCCGGAGUCGUCCUCCACUUCGAAACCGCUGAAAAACCAAUUCGUGACCUUAUCCACCUCUGCCAAUUCUCCCAGCACCGUUAAUCCUGUUGUAGGCACCUUCAAAGAUUCGAGAAAUGGUCAUACAAACUCCCGUCCCAGUGCUACUUCAGCUCAGACAUCAAGUCGAGGUGUCCCGGCCGUUUCCAAGCAUCCAUCCUUCACUCACAGAAAUAUCCUUACUGGCACCGAAGAUGAUUUCAACGUGCCAAUUUUGGCUCCGCGGGCCUCCGACGCCGCAGUGGCUGGAGCGGAGGCAUCGUUGGGCGGGCGUGUGUCAAAACGGGAUGAUACGACGUCCAAUCCUUCGACAAUCGUGGCGACGACUAGGGCGCAACCUUACGAGCUGAUCAACCCUGCGGCACUUGAGUCCUCCUUGCAGAACGCCUCCGACAUGGCAGGAAUCAGCAGCAAUACGAACCAGUCGCUGUUUUUAAGAAACCACCCUUCACUUGGAUAUCGGUCACUCCGGUUGCCGGCGGAUGCGGCGGCGGAACUAAGAGCUGCUGCAGCAGCGGCAACACUGUCGGGAACGGCGACAAUGGGUGAAGCGCAUCCUUCCACAUACUACAACACGGGCGGUAUCUACGUCUCACAUCUUCACCAAACUGGCGGAGGGGUGGGUUCAUCCGGCCACACGGGCACUAAGUCCGCCUCGCCCACGCAAGAGGUGACAGUGGUGGCUGGAGGUGAGAACAAGCGUUUGGCUGGCGGUGGCGGAGGUUUCUCCGUGCCUUUCGGCCGCAACGUGCCUGGCCGCUCCACCAUCCAGCACGUGCCUGCCUCGGAGACGCGCGACCGCCUCGCGCUUGAGCGGGCUGAUCAGUGGUCACGGCCCCUCGUCCGGCAUCCUGGCACCGCUGCCCACAUGGAUCAGAAAACCACCCUUGCUGACCUCUACAACCAAAACCUCAUUCAAACUCAAGCGACAGGACGCCAGAGCCCCUCAGACCUCUCAGAGAUCUCGGUGACGAGCAACUCAACAACAGCUAAGGCCUCUAGCAACUCUGGCUCUGUAGAUGACUUUGAAGCCGAUGAAGACGGCGGGGAGGACGAGGGGGAUGAGGGGGAGGAGGAGUUGGACGUUGACGAAGACGUUGACGAUGAGUGUUCCUCCGCCUCCGCCUCAGCCAACUUUCGACGCCGCCACCCCAUUGGAGUCGGAGGCGGUGGAGCCCCGGCCGCCUUCUCGCGAUCACGCUUUAAUCGGGACGGCACUCCGAUCAGCCUGCAGGAGACACCGACCGUCGUCAAGGCUCGCGCUAGCACCCUCUCCAAGACGGAGUCCAGGAAAACCUCUACAAAUUCUGGAAGUGGGAGCAGUGGUAGUAGUAGCAGUGGUGGCGGAUUCUUGCGCAACCUAUCAAUGCGUUUUUCGCGCAGCAAGCUCUUUAGGCUUCCAUUUGGAAACGGUGGCGGCACAUCCUCCUCAUCCCAACAGAGGGAGCAAGACAUGACGACGCCGGACUACUCGACCCUGCGAAGUCUGCGAGGUGUGCCUGGAACCAGUCCAUCGGAGGUGGCUCAGACCCCCGUGACCACACCGAAGUUGUCCUCCCAUCGUCUGACCACUGGUGGUGGUGGCAUUACUCGAAGUCGCAGCACUGUAUCCGGCGGACGCAGUAGCAGCUGCCGUGCCAAGUCACCCGGUCGCAUUUUUGGCCUGAUGGACCAGCAGCAGGCGCAGCACCACGUGAGUCGGCGCUCGGGGUUCGUGCCCGAGACACCGGCGACAGCAGAACGCACCUCCCGCGAUAUCACGCCAACCAACAAUAACGUCUAUACCCGUUCCGCCUCGAGCGUCACCGCACCUCGCAACUCCCUCGUGGAGCAUUCCAUUCAGUCGGGUGGCGGAAGUGGUGGCGCUGGCACUAGUGGAGGAAACGCACGAGUACUCUUUCGCAUGGAGAGCAACACGCGUCGCCAAUUGGACGAGAUGAUGGCGGAGAUCAAGCACGCCCUGCUGGCGUCCGGCGUAGCCUUUAGCCAGACCGAUCAUCCACAUCGUCUGCAUUGCACCUGGGUGGUCGGCGGCACCACCCCGGAGACGGACUUAGAUUCAGGUCUCCCCAUCACCAGCGUCACUGGCUCAGGAGAAAUCUUGCGGCUAGAAUUGGAAGUCUGCAAGCUUCCAAAGGAGGGCAUGAAUGGGGUGCGCUUCAAGAGGCUUGCUGGUCCUGCGGCCGAGUUCAAACGCAUCUCACAGAAGUUGGCGGAGGACCUUAAGCUUUGA